UCCUCGGUUCUAUGGUGUUCUUCUGCUGCGGUGCUGCACUGAACAGCUCCGCCCGUGUAACCACGCGGGUAGAAAGCGUAGCAGGUCGGCGAGGCAGAGCGGAUGAGCUUUCGUGGCCGGGACCGUGCAAGGAGCGCUGUUGGAUGCAGUCAUGAAUAAAACAAUAGCAGCUAAGCUCCGGUCUUUUAAUGGACUGUUCGCUGUGUAUAAACCCAAAGGGCCCACUUCAGCAGCUGUGCUAAACCGUCUUAGAGCGAAGCUGUUGGCAGAAGCUGGUAUACUGACGCCUACUCGGAGGAAGAGGAAACAUGUUUUAAAGUUUGGACAUGGUGGAAUUCUAGAUAGCGAUGCCGCAGGAGUACUUGUGGUUGGCAUUGGAAAAGGAACUAAAAUGUUGAGUAGCCUGUUGGCAGGUUCUAAGAAAUAUACUGCUGUUGGGGAAUUGGGAAAGGCGACGGACACGUUUGAUUCUACAGGAAAAGUAACAGAAGAAAAACCUUACGACUGGAUAACAAAAGAGGAUCUUGAGAAUGUCCUGCAGAAGUUCACUGGAAACAUCAUGCAAGUUCCCCCACUCUAUUCUGCCCUGAAGAAAGAUGGACAGAGGUUGUCAGAUCGGGUUAAGAAAGGAGAAGCUGUGGAAGCAAAGCCUGCCAGGCCAGUUAUGGUCUACAGUCUCGCUCUCAAAAACUUCAAGCCACCCUUGUUCACGCUUGAUGUUGAAUGUGGCGGUGGCUUUUAUGUCAGAAGCUUGGUCAACGACAUUGGGAAAGAGCUUUCUUCCUGUGCCACGGUGCAGGAGCUCACCCGAACCAAACAGGGACUGUUUACACUGGAAGAGCAUGCUCUUUAUGAAGACAAAUGGACGAUUGAUGGAAUUGCCCAGGCCCUGGAGUGUUGCAUGUCUCUUCUCCAGGCAGAGCCAUCUCGUAAAAAAUUAAAGACAGAGCUGUCUGAAGAGCAUGCCGUGAGCUGUGAAGAUAAGUGAUAAGUCAGGCCAAGGAAAAAGACUGAAUGACUGAGACGUUUUAAGAUUGCUCUGGGAUUGUCUUGUCUUAACCUGUAAAUUUACAGUCCUGUGCGUGGAGGAUGACAAAUUGCAAUGCAAUGAAAAUGUUACCUUUCUAUCGUUUCUGCUCAUGCUGAGACACACAAGAUGUCCAGUGUUUAUUUCCUCUCAUAAUAUCCAUGUUGCAUUGUAAAUAUAUUUGUCAUGGGAGCAGACUCAUCGGUAAACCCUAGAAAGGAGUUUGCAGAGCACUUCUUUUAAUUACUAUUGUUAUUAUUUGAUUUUAGUUCCAUGUUAGUUUUAUGUUACUUAGGCAAUCAUUGCUCAGUUAUCAAAGUAAAAAAAAACUUUACAAAGCAGUUUACAAUAUUAUACAGGUAUAAAAAAUCAUUUAAAACAACAAUUUAAUAUAGCAAACAAUACAAUAAAAAUAGCCACUUGAAAAUAUGCAUCCAAUAAUGCUGUUUCCAGUCUAUCAGCCUAUGACCUUGUUCAGAUGACAUGCUAAGCCAUGGUGGUUAAACAUUUUGAGCUAAACAUUAUAGCUUAGCGUGUUGUGUGAACCAUGACUUAGUGUGUCAUGUGAACCAUUCCUAUGGUUUAAACACCCUCACUAACCAUUUGCUGCAAAAGUGUUAUCGGCCUAAAAAUGGCUUAAUGUGUUGUCUGAACAGGCCCAAUGUAACAUUAGCCUAUAGAGUCUUUGCCCCAUUAAAGACUAACACAAUUAUUAUGGCAUGAGCUUUUGUGAACUGCAGUUUAUGAUACGAUAUGUAAGAGCCUUGCUUAAUGUACUGAGAAAUGGUAAGUUUUUAUUUAUAACUAUCCCAGUUGAUUUGAGAGGAGGGCAUGGAAUUAUGUUUCUACACAUAACAAAAUUACCUGAGAUACUGGUUCACUUUUUCUUCCUUUCAACCCCACCACCAUCACUUCCCAAAUCUCCUAGUUUAGAGUCUGACAAAUAUUCCUGUAUAUGCGAUGGAAUAAAUGCCAAAGAUCUUAAUUUAGUAUAUAUUUUUACAGCAAGGGUCCCUUUAAAAUACUUGGAAGUGAAACUCUGACCCUUUCUUAACAAUCACUUCUGUGUGUCUUAAAGUGGAUGAGUAGCAUCACCCUUUUUUGGCAGAAGGUUCAGAGCAAACUUCAUGCUACGUCCAGUUAAUAUAAGGAAUUGAGUACCCCAAAAUGUUGAGGUAGCCUUGUUGGAUUAAUUACAAUCAAUAAAUGUAUACCCUUUUAUUAGAUUUAUAUCCCACCUUCCUUAUAUGGAAUUCAAGGUGGCAUACAUAAGGAUCCCAGGUGGUCUCCUAUCGAGGUGCUGGUCAAAUCCAAAUCUGCUGCAUUCUGUGCCUUCAGACCAUGGCCUGGUUCAAGAAGGUGAUAAAUUUGUAAAGUUGAUAUGACCAUGACGGUUGAAACAACAAAUAAACAAUGAAUGGAAGGUGGUAAGUAUGUAUUAAUGUCUUUCAGUCUUAGUCAAAGAAUAUCCUACUGUAACAUAUUGGAAAUCCAUUAUCCCAUGUCACACAUUUAGAUUACUGAUUGCAGCUGUUCAUACAAAUACAUUUUUAGAAAGAAAAUUUACACAGAUCUAUACCCACAUAUGUAAGAAAAAAGGAACACAAUGUACUAUGAAGUCUACUUAUGUAUAAAAAGAAAAAUCAAAUGCAAUAUUAACAGUUGUUUCCCCAUUAAAAAGUGGCAGCCUGUGUGGAAUAUAAAGAUAUGGUAUUUCAUGUGUGUUUUUAUUUUGACAUGCUUCUGUUAGCAAUCUUGAUAGAGUGGCUGUAUUGAUCCUUCCAUAGCCACAGCCUUAGAAUGCCAAUAAGAUUUAGAGCUAGUGUUUAAUUGUUGGGUCACUUUUUGC